AUGCUGCGCUCUUGCAUCGCCAAGACCGCGAAGCUAACGCCCCUCGUCCGUCGCUUUGGUUCUGAGAUCAAGGACGAUGUCGUGCCUGUCUCUCCACCUACCCCCAUCGUCGUGAAGAAAGGCGGCAGCUCGUUCAUGCAGCGGAUCGUGUCGUUUGGAGUGGGAGUGGCGGUCGGAGCUGGGUACGGACUCUACGUGCUGACGGACGAUAUCGAGAAGUCGACGCACCAGAUCCAGAGCUCUGUGGGCAGUCUUAGGGACGAGAUGAUUGGGCAAAAUGUGGCGCUUACGAAGCGCAUUGAAGCGCUCGAGGAGAAGACCAAGUGA